AUGGGCAGUCAUUACCAGCGCUCUGUGCCUCUAGAAGUGAGGAGAGCAGAGGGAGAGAGAGUCCGGGCCAAACAUCCAGACAAAAUACCAAUCAUUGUGGAAAGGGCUCAGAGGUCCCGAGCGCCAGAACUGGACAAGAAGAAAUACCUCGUUCCAUCAGAUUUAACAGUGGGGCAGUUGUGUUUCUUGAUACGUCAGCGUGUGUCUUUGAGGCCAGAGGAGGCACUGUUCUUCUUCGUCAACAACUCCCUCCCCCCUUCCAGCUCCCCGCUCUCUGCUGUUUAUGAGGAGCACCACGACGACGACUUAUUCCUGUACAUGACCUACAGCAACGAGAGCGUGUACGGCUGA